UACAGUAUAUCCGGACUAUAAACUUUUAUCCCAGUACUUUCAUUAUUAUUUAAUGUUUGCUGAUCUAUAUUGCCUUUGAAAAUACUGAUCAAUUUUUGAAGGCAAUAUAGUGGAAACAUUAAAAUAUCUGGUUUGGUGUCUGCUUUGAUAUGCGACAAAGUGCAGGUGACUUGACACCGCAGAGUAAGUGUUGGAGAUCUCACUCUUCUGUCUGUUCAGCUUCAUCAUGGAUGACACAGAAACACCCCGAGAUGAAGAUUUUUCUCCAGGAUGCAGUUGAUCAGAAGAGAUCAGAAACAGAGCCCAGCUGUGUGUUUAUGAACAGUGACGGGUCUAUAGGUCAUCCACAAAAUCUCAGCUCAGUGCAUAAGAAGAAAUCAGAACCAGAGCCCAGCUGUGUGUCUAUGAGGAGUGACGAAUCUUUGCAUCAUCCAGUUAAUUUUACGAGUGAUGAAACAAGGUCAAUCCUGCCACCCAUCUGUAAGAAAUUUGACCAAUCUAUGAAUCAACCACAAGACAGCACGUAUCCUGGUGUAAGCCAUGAAGUCUUCAACACGUUUAGAUCAAAUCUGAAGAAGAAGUUUGAGCGUCUGUAUGAGGGAACAGCGACGCAGGGAAACCCAACACUCCUGAAUGAGAUCUACACAGAGCUCUACAUCACAGAGAGUGAGAGUGGAGAGAUCAGUAAUGAGCAUGAGGUGAGACAGAUUGAGACACAAACCAGGAGAACAGCAACAGAGGACACAGCCAUCAAAUGCAAUGACAUCUUUACACCUUUACCUGGACAAGACAAAGCCAUCAGAACUGUGCUGACAAAGGGAGUCGCUGGCAUUGGAAAAACAGUCUCUGUGCAGAAGUUCAUCCUGGACUGGGCUGAAGGGAAAGAGAAUCAGGACGUCCAGCUCAUAUUUCCACUUCCUUUCAGAGAAAUUAAUCUGAUGAAGGAAAAAAAACUCAGUCUUUCAGAUCUUCUUCAUGUCUUUUUCCCUGAAACUAAAGAAAUGGAAAUAUCCAGUGAUGAAUAUAAAGUGUUGUUCAUCUUUGAUGGUCUGGACGAAUGUCGUCUUCCCUUAUUUUUUCAAAGAAAUGAGACUCUAUGGGAUGCAAACAAAGAGACAUCAGUGGACGUGCUGCUGAUGAACCUCAUUGUGGGGAAUCUGUUUCCCUCUGCUCUCAUCUGGAUCACCUCCAGACCAGCAGCAGCUGAUCUCGUCCCCUCUGAGUGUGUCCAUCGAGUGACAGAGGUACGAGGCUUCAAUGAGCCACAGAAGGAGGAAUACUUCAGGAAGAGAAUCAGUGAAAUGGAACUAGCUAAAAAAAUAAUUGGACACCUGAAGUCGUCAAGGAGCCUCUACAUCAUGUGCCACAUCCCAGUGUUCUGCUGGAUCUCAGCCGCUGUUCUAGAGAAGAUGUUUAGAAAAUCAUGGAUAGGAGAGAUUCCCAAGACUCUCACUCAAAUGUACACACACUUCCUGAUCCUUCAGACCAAUAUCAAACGUGAGAAGGACUAUGAGAAGAAGGUGACAGAUGAAGACAUGAUCCUCAAACUGGGGAAAGUGGCUUUUCAGCAGCUUGUGAAAAGCAACCUGAUCUUCUAUGAGGAAGACCUGAGAGAGUGUGGCAUUGAUGUGACAGAAGCAUCAGUGUACUCAGGAUUGUGCACUCAGAUCUUCAGAGAGGAGUUUGUCUUGUAUCAGGGGAAAGUCUUCUGCUUUGUUCAUCUGAGCAUUCAGGAACAUCUAGCAGCUCUAUAUGUGCACCUCUCCUGGACAAACUACAACAGAAAUGUGAUUGACCAAAUCAUCAAACAGAGUUUACGGUCUAAAGUGAAGGAACAGUUUCAACUCAGUUCAUCAGAACAUAUUUCAUUAUCUGAGCUGCAUCAGAGAGCUGUGGGUGAGGCUCUACAGAGUAACAAUGGGCAUCUGGAUCUUUUCCUGCGGUUCCUUCUGGGUUUGUCAGUGGAGUCUCAUCAGAUUCUCCUACAGCGAAUAAUGACGCUGAAAAGAAGCAGAUCUGACAGCAAUGAGAAAACGGUUAAGUUCAUCAAGGAGAAGAUCAGGACCAUUGAUUCUCCAGAGAAAUCCAUCAAUCUGUUCCACUGUCUGAAUGAACUGGGUGAUCGUUCACUAGUGGAGGAAAUACAACAGUAUCUGAAAUCUGGAAAUUUAAGUGAAGCCAAACUCUCUUCAUCUCAGUGGUCAGCUGUAGUUUUUGUGUUGUUGACAUCAAAAAAGGAACUGAAUGAGUUUCGUCUUGAUAAAUUUGUUAAAGAAAAGAAUAAUCCUGAAAAUAUGAAAGUUCUUCAGAAGUUGCUGCCUGUGAUUAAAGAAUCCAGAUCAGUUCAGUUGUUUAAUUGUGGAGUCACAGAUGAAGGUUGUGCUGCUCUGGCUUCAGCUCUGAGAUCAAACCCCUCACACCUGAGACAACUGAAUCUGUCUGGGAAUAAACUAGGAGAUUCAGUGAAGCUGCUUUCUGAUGUACUACAGAAUCCUCACUGUAAACUGGAGAAACUGUGGUUGAUUGAUUGUGGUGUCACAGAUGAAGGUUGUGCUGCUCUGGCUUCAGCUCUGAGAUCAAACCCCUCACACCUGAGAGAACUGUACCUGUCUGUGAAUAAACUAGGAGAUUCAGUGAAGCUGCUUUCUGAUGUACUACAGAAUCCUCACUGUAAACUGGAGAUACUGGGGUUGAGUUAUUGUGGUGUCACAGAUGAAGGUUGUGCUGCUCUGGCUUCAGCUCUGAGAUCAAACCCCUCACACCUAAAACAACUGGAUCUGUCUGGGAAUAAACUAGGAGAUUCAGUGAAGCUGCUUUCUGAUGCACUACAGAAUCCUCACUGUAAACUGGAGAAACUGUGGUUGAUUGAUUGUGGUGUCACAGAUGAAGGUUGUGCUGCUCUGUUUUUAGCACUGAGAUCAAACCCCUCACACCUGAGACAACUGAAUCUCUCUGGGAAUACAGUAAAAGAUUCAGUGAAGCUGCUUUCUGAUGUACUACAGAAUCCUCACUGUAAACUGGAGAAACUGUGGUUGAGGGAUUGUGGUGUCACAGAUGAAGGUUGUGCUGCUCUGGCUUCAGCUCUGAGAUCAAACCCCUCACACCUGAGAAUACUGAAUCUGUCUGGGAAUGAACUAGGAGAUUCAGUGAAGCCGCUUUCUGAUGUACUACAGAAUCUUCACUGUAAACUGAAGAAACUGUGGUUGAGUUUUUGUGAUGUCACAGAUGAAGGUUGUGCUGCUCUGGCUUUAGCUCUGAGAUCAAACCCCUCACACCUGAGACAACUGAAUCUGGCUGGGAAUAAACUAGGAGAUUCAGUGAAGCUGCUUUCUGAUGUACUACAGAAUCCUCACUGUAAACUGGAGAAACUGUGGUUGAUUAAUUGUGGCCUCACAGAUGAAGGUUGUGCUGCUCUGGCUUCAGCUCUGAGAUCAAACCCCUCACACCUGAGAGAACUGAAUCUGUAUGGAAAUAAACUAGGAGAUUCUAGUAGGAAGUUACUCUCUGAUCUGAAGAAGGAUCCACUUUAUAAACUGAAGACAUUAUACUAUUACUCUCAGUAUUUAGACGCCGUUCCAGUUUCCUCAGGAUCAGCUGAUGGUGAAUAAGGAGCCGCUACAGAGACGUCACAGUCACACAAUCAACAGAGACUGCGUGGUGUGGGGGUCCACCAUAUAUUUAGGGAUGUUCAUUUUGGUUCAUUUUUCUGAUGACUGCCAACGCUCAUUGGCCAAUCAUUGGAAUCGAUAAGUUUAUGUGACCCAAACAUUUGUAUUCAUGCAGAAUGAAAGAUACAGGUAUGUUUAUCUAGAAAUAAAUUAUUUUAAAGCUGCUUACAUUUUUUGUUUUUUUGUUUUUUGCUUUGCUUUCUUCCCUAUAGCUUACACAAUUUUGACUUGUGUAUAGAAUAUAGCACUUUUUACAUUUAUCUUUCUAUUCCAUGCAGCAAAUGU